AUGGCCACCGCCACAAUACCUCACUUACCUGUCCUCGUAAUCCACCACGUCCUCCAAUUCCUUCCCACAAAACUUGCCAUCCGCAUGAGCUCCCUAUGCAAGCAAUGGGAAGGGCUGUGGUCAUCAGUCCCAGUUUUAGAUUUCGAAGAGGAGGACGAGCAUGCAAAGUUCAUCAAUUUUGUGGACAGGUGUUUGGAAAUUCAUGAGAAAUACGAGCACUUAGACAAAUUCCGGCUUCACAUGAGGUCCUGUUCAUAUGGAGACAAAUAUAAAUUCAACAAGUGGUUGGGUUUUGCAGUUGAAAGAAGAGUCAAAGAGUUAGAUAUCAGCUUCAGCUAUAGACACCCGGUCCUUGGCGUCACGUUACUCUUGCCCCUUCUUAAUGCAAAGUCUAUAACUAGUUUGAAUUUGGAGAAUGUGACCAUAGCGAACAGGGGUGAACCUAUAAGCCUGCCCUCAUUGAAAACUCUGUCCCUAACAACAGUGAGACUCCAAGCCUCGUCUGUGAUCUCCUCAUUGAUUUCAGGCUGCCCUUGCAUUCAGUAUUUGUCCUUAACUUCAUCUUCUUCCUCCGACUAUUAUAUAAUAUCCAUGCAGAACCUUCUUGAUGCAAAGUAUUUAACCUCCUUGAAUCUAGAGUUCGUCCAAAUAACGGAUGACAGUAAUAAUGAUCCUCCUAUAGGCCGCCUUCCCUGUUUGAAAACAGUGUCCCUCACAACUGUGAACAUGCAUUACGGGACUUUCGCCCAAUUAAUUUCAAGUAGCCCUUCCCUUGAGCAUUUGUCAGUAUCCAUAUUUUUCCCUCAUUAUUAUAUUUCACCUCAUAUUCUACCUUCCUCCAGUCUCAAAUCCUUCGAAGUUGGAAUUUUCAAUUCAGACGUGGUUCAAGUCAGUGGAGCUGAGAGUCUUGAAUCUUGUACCUUGGUUUUAGAAUCUCCAAAGCAGAUUAAGCGUAUACGGUUGGAUGGUUGCAACAACUUGAAACAUUUGAGCAUUCGUGCUCCGCCGCUCCCAAACUUUACACUACAACUGCAUGGUUGCAAACAUCUUGUGAAUGCCUCACUUGAUAUUCCAAAGUUGUAUUUUACUAGAAUCAGCUCCAAUGUUGAAUGGAGAAAUUUUUAUUCACUGGCAAAUUAUCUUGGAAAAUUUCAAAGUUUCGAGAAUAUAUCACUAUAUGUUGAUGAUGCUGAGAUGGCGGAAGCAAUCAAAGAGGAGUUGGAGCGACAUGCGAACAAAUGCAAAUCUGAUAAACUGCAGAUUUAG